CCUUGCUCUUUCCAAAUCUCACCCUCCUUUUCCCGUUCAUACUCUACAACGUGUGCGGUAAUUGUCAUCCCAGAACAAUUCCUAGCAGAGCGACGCCCCCCGGGAAGUCGCCUCCAUUCUCACGUGCAAAGCUCCCUCGGGCACGUCGGAGCCGGCGGUCGGUCGGCUGGCGCAGGCGGUUGGCAGUCCGCUACCCCCUCGGAUCCCCCCUCUUCUCCGGGCUAUAUGUGGCGCCUGGAAGCUCCCAAUGUUUUCCAUAUUUGUGCAGCCUCCGCGAGUCAAAUGCCAGAGGCGAGUCGGCCGGCAGCCCCGAAGGAGAGGCGCGCCCUGCUUCUUCGGAGUCCUCCCGGCAGCUGAGCAGCAUGGGCAAAGAAGAGACGGCGGCCCCUCGGCAGGCCGGGCCGGAGGGAGGCGGCGAGCGCGGAGGAGCGGCCCGGCAGGCGAAGGAGAGCCGCGGGGAUCCGCGCCCGUGCUGCGGCUGCCGCUUCCCGCUGCUGGCGGCCCUGGGGCAGCUGGCUCUGGGCGCCGCGGUGGCGGUGCUGGGCUUCCUCAUGGCCGGCGUCAGCUCGUCCCUGCUGGUCAGAGACACGCCGUACUGGGCGGGCCUCCUCGUAAGCAUCGCCGUCGGUUUCUCCCUGCGGAGCGCCUCGGCCCGCGCGCGCGCACGAAACGCGCCCUAACGCCCCGACUAACCAGCUGCCCGCGCGGCCCUCGAGACGCGGCUUGGGCUGGAGCUCAGCUAACCUUUAACAACAACAGCAGCAGCAGCAGCAGCUGCCCUGCAGUGGUUGUUUGUAUCCAUUUUACAUGCAAAAAAGGACGUGGAAAUAACGUGUUACUUUAGAGCAAACAUCACAGGAAGCUGGGAAGACGGGGAAGUAACACCCUUAGAUUUGCUGCGUGCAUCGUUUAGCAGACUUCUAGAUUUGGAUUGCAGUGCAAGGAUUGCUCCAUGGCUGAAAGGUGGGGGUUAUAUGUGGUUCUGGCACAUGCACGCCUGUACAUGCACGCCAAGGGAAAGGGAAUGAGAGGCAAGGGACGAGAAUUAACGUUUUGAUCCGAAAUGACAGAGGAGAAGGGAAUGAAUGCUCCUGUUGCUUCCACGCUGCGAUGAGUUGUUGGUCUUUUCUAAAGAACUGUCUGAUCUGUUUGGCGCUUCGCCCAAGCCUCCUUUGCCACAGCCGAGGGCACUUUGGCUCUUGCCGAGCCGAAGGGUUAAAUUUGAAAUGCAAAUAAGCGAGUUUAGGGGGAGGGGAAGGACGGGGAUAUGCGCCAAUCCCGGAAAUUCGGACUCGCCCAGCGACACGCUGCCUUGCCAUACCUUGUAGCAGACAGUAGCAGACUGACAAGGCUAUUUGUGAUCAUGUAAAACACGUGGUCCGCGGGGACAGACAGCGCGAACCCAGCCAAGGCGUGCGCGCUCAUUCCAGUCAUGGGUUGUGUUUCAGAGCUGAUUUGUUGUUAAUGAAAUAGGGGGGAAUUAGGCCAUGUGAAGCCUUGUCUCUUGAGCUACUUUGCUGUAUGAUGCAUUUUUUAAUGUUUUGUUCAGUGCUCGUUCCAAGUGAGUUCCUGCCAGAUUCUGGAGGCUGAUGAUUCUGAAUUUUACAAAUAGAUCAUCAGGGCCCACCACACUCACAUUGUUUUAAAAUUCAAUGGAUUCUCCAUGUGCCAUAUACUACUGAGUUUACUAUUUAUAUUAGCUGAAGGCCCACCAAGUUUGCCAUGGUGGGGCAACAGCGGGUGGGGUGGAGUGCCCGUCUUUCCUCCAGCUUGCCCCCUGCUUGUGCCAUCCACACCCUUGCAUCCAUUUUGGAGGGUGUUGCCUCACUUAGGCCCUCAGGAAUCCUGAAUGAAAAGAUAAAGGGCAUAAACUUGGGCAAAAUUAGAGUGAGCCCUGAAUGUGGCCCUGUUCGUCCCAGCACUCCUUUUCAAGUGCCAGAAAUUCAGUGGGAGAAGCUGAUAACCCAGCCGUAUCCUGUUUGCAUAACAGUACAAUAUUGCCCAUUUUUCCUGAUUCUUGGCUAUGUUGGAGAAUGGCAUGUUGUACAGUGGUACCUCUGGUUACGUACUUAAUUCGUUCCAGAGGUUCGUUCUUAAUCUGAGGUACCACUUUAGCUAAUGGGGCCUCCCGCUGCAGUCGCGCGAGUCUCUUAUCAUCCUGAAGCAAAGUUCUUAACCCAAGGUACUAUUUCUGGGUUAGCGGAGUCUGUAACCUGAAGCAUAUGUAACCCCAGGUACCACUGUAUAUGUUUUUAAUCUGAUCCUUCCUCCAAGGAGCAAAAGGUGGCACAAUGCAGCCUCUCUCACAGCGAUAUGCAGUUAAGUUUUUUUCAGAUUACACCCAUGAACAUGGUUAAGGCCAUUGAUUUCAAUAGAUCUACCCUUGAGUAAAACUUAGUUGCACACAUCUCUUUCCCUUCCUUCCUUCCUAUACCACAUUUUAGUCUGCAGCCAUGCAAAGUAGAUUGGGUUGCCCUUCCUCAUUUUAAUUAUCUUUGCAAUAGUUCUGUGAAACAGAUUCAACUGAGGAAUUGUGAUUGCCCAAGAUCACAGGGCAAAUCUGACUGAGUGCAUAUUUCAGCCUUGUCCAUGUUCAGCCCUCCAUCCACCAUGUGAGACUAUGUGAAUGUAAGGACACUGAAUCAGUGCCAUCUCUAUGACUAGGAUGUGACUCAGUUGCAGAAUAUGUACUUUGCUUCUGAAAGUCCCAGGUUCAUUUCCUCACAUCUCCUGGUCCUGGUGGGGUGGGGUGGGGGAAUAACCUUAUCCAAAACCCUAGUCAGCUUCUGGCAGUCAGUGUAAAGUGCAGAGCUAGAUGCAACCAUGGUCUGACUUAGUGUAAAGUGUAGGAAGAGCUCUGUUGCCUUCAUGAUCUACUUUGAAAACAGGAUGCUCUCCUUCCUUUGAGGUUUUUAAGCAGAGGACAUGUAUGAUUUAGCUGACAUUCCUGUGUUGCAAGGGGUUGGACUAGAUGACCCUCUGAGUCCCUUCCAACUCUACAAUUUUGUGAUUCUAUGAUGCGACAGUGAUCUGUUCUAACAGGGCUCUUGUGCUCUUAUAUUGUUUCCUAUAAAUGAUGCUGAAAAUGCCUCAAUUUGUGCCAAUUGUGAAUGCUGCUGAUGCAAUAUAGACAUUUAAAAUCAAUUCCACUUCCUAGCCAAUUUAGGUUUUACAGUCUCUGAACAGAGUAUUAAAGUACAAUAAGUUCUUUAGUUAAAAUAUCCAAAUGUUUUCUAUUUUCAAUCAAGAACUCUUGAUCUAGCAGUAGUAGGGUGUGAAUUAGAUUAUCACCCAAAUUCAAGGCUGUGUGUAUACACUUGCAUGUAUGUCACUCGAUUACUUGAGAUGUGAUGAUUCACAGCUGAGUGUGUGAAUUGUCUAAUUGUCUGGGGGGGGGAUAUAUGGGUUGAUUUGGUUGUCACAUUUAUAUCUUAAUUAUAGGAGCUCAAGGUGGUUUGCUGCAUGGCUCUCCUGCUUUCAUUGUUCAAAGCAUGUGAGGUAGAGUAUAAUGAGAAAUAAUGACUGGCUCAAAGAGUUGGAUUGUUGUUGUUUAGCCGUUUAGUAGUGUCCAACCCUUUGUGAUCCCAUGGACCAGAGCACGCCAGGCACUCCUGUCUUCCACUGUCUCCUGCAGUUUGGUCAAACUCAUGUUGGUAGUUUAGAGAACACUAUUCAACCAUCUCGUCCUCUGUCAUCCCCUUCUCCUUGUGCCCUCCAUCUUUCCCAACUCCAGGGAGUCUUCUCUUCUCAUGAGGUGGCCAAAAUAUUGGAGCCUCAGCUUCAAGAUCUGUCGUUCCAGUGAGCACUCAGGGCUGAUUUCCUUAAGAAUGGAUAGGUUUGAUCUUCUUGCAGUCCAUGGGAGUCUCAAGAGUCUCCUCCAGCACCAGAAUUCAAAAGCCUCAAUUCUUCGGCAAGCAGCUUUCUUUAUGGUCCAGCUCUCACUUCCAUAUAUCACUACUGGGAAAACCAUAGCUUUAACUAUAUGGACCUUUGUUGGCAAGGUGAUGUCCCUGCUUCUUAAGAUGCUGUCUCGGUUUGUCAUUGCUUUUCUCCCAAGAAGCAGGCGUCUUUUAAUUUCGUGACUGCUGUCACCAUCUGCAGUGAUCAUGGAACCCAAGAAAGUAAAAUCUCUCACUGCCUCCAUUUCUUCCCCUUCUAUUUGGCAGGAGGUGAUGGGACCAGUGGCCAUGAUCUUCCUUUUUUUGAUGUUGAGCUUCAGACCAUAUUCUGCGCUCUCCUCUUUCACCCUCAUUAAAAGGUUCUUUAAUUCCUCCUCACUUUCUGCCAUCAAGGUUGUGUCAUCUUCAUAUCUGAGGUGGUUAAUACUUCUUCCGGCAAUCUUAAUUCCGGCUUGAGAUUCAUACAGCCCAGCCUUUCUCAUGAUGAAUUCUGCAUAUAAGUAAAAUAAGCAGGGAGACAAUAUACAGCCUUGUCAUACUCCUUUCAAAUUUUGAACCAAUCAGUUAUUCCAUAUCCAGUUCUAACUGUAGCUUCUUGUCCCUCAUAGUGAUUUCUCAGGAGACAGAUGAGGUGAUCAGGCACUCCCAUUUCUUUAAGAACUUGCCAUAAUUUCCUGCGGUCGACAUAGUCAAAGGCUUUUGCAUAGUCAAUGAAGCAGAAGUAGAUGUCUUUCUGGAACUCUCUAGCUUUCUCCAUAAUCCAGCGCAUGUUUGCAAUUUGGUCUCUGGUUCCUCUGCCCCUUCGAAAUCCCGCUUGCACUUCUGGGAGUUCUCAGUCCACAUACUGCUUGAGCCUUCCUUGUAGAAUUUUAAGCAUAAGCUUGCUAGUGUGUGAAAUGAGUGCAAUUGUGCGGUAGUUGGAGUAUUCUUUGGCACUGCCCUUCUUGGGAUUGGGAUGUAGAUCUCCAAUCCUCUGGCCACUGCUGAGUUUUCCAAACUUGCUGGCAUAUUAAGUGUAGCACCUUGAUAGUAUCAUCUUUUAAAAUUUUAAAUAGUUCAGCUGGAAUAUCAUCACUUCCACUGGCCUUGUUAUUAGCAGUGCUUUCUAAGGCCCAUUUGACUUCACUCUCAAGGAUGUCUGCCUCAAGGUCAGCAACCACACUACCUGGGGUGUACGAGUCAUCCAUAUCUUUCUGGUAUAAUUCCUCCGUGUAUUCUUGCCACCUCUUCUUGAUGUCUUCUGCUUCUGUUAGGUCCUUACCACUUUUGUCCUUUAUUAUGGUAAUCUUUGUAUGAAAUGUUCAUUGUUCUAAGCCUGUGAGGUAGAGUAUAAUGAGAAAUAGAAAUGAGAAAGGGCUGGAUUAUAAUGGUGCAAAUGCAUGCAAGGGGCUGUCCAGGUGCUGAGCUUUCAUUUAAAGAGAGAGAAUGAGAAUCUAGCUCUCCUAGAAGAAAAGUUAUGAAACAAAAUGGACAGGCAAACCUCUAAGCCAGUUUUUUCCUCAAAAUGUAGACCAGGACUGGGUCUUGGGCAACUUUCAGUUGAGACUCGGUGCCCAAGCCAUGCUCCCCUAGCUGUGCCUUUUGGCUGGAUAAGACUAAAGUUUUGGAAAUGUACUGCCAUUUAGCAAUUUAAUUUAAUUGGGAAUAUACCCAAGACCACAUCUUCAAACCUUUCUGACACUCUUGACCUCUCUCUCUCUCUCUGUUCUCCUCCAUGCCUCUUGUCACCUCUAGCUGUCUGUGUUUUCUAAUGCCUGUCCUUGGUAAAGCCUGGUCCUGUUUUUGUCUUGGGGAAAUUUGGGUGCAUACUACUACUACUACUACUACUACUACUACAACUACAUUAUGGUGCAUAUGUGUACUAAAAUUAGUUUUAGCCCCAUCCCCCAAGCAACUAGAAGUUAAAUGUGUAUAUGUUGUGAUAGUGACUUACUAGAUUCCAGACAUAUCUGUGAUUUCAGCAUAAAGGAACAAAAUUUUGAAAAUACUUUGUAUCUGAAAGCACCCUGUUUAAUUUUGCUAACUGACUUUUAAACCAAAAAGACCAAACAAGCAGCAUUACAAAGGGGAAAAUUAAGAUAUCAUAUGUCUGACUCUGAAAACAAUAUGUAUUCUAGAGCAGAUUGUGCUCCUCUCUGGCGUCUGCUUAUUAAGGCAGAAAUGAGCAAUGGUUCCUUUCUUGGCAGUGAAGCAGAGCACAGAGGCAGCAUGGUUAAAAUAUCAACAUGCUUGUUUUAGCAACAUCCCACUCAAGUACGCUCUGCCCCCUCCCCUCGCUGCAGCACCCCCACCCCACACACCAGUAUUUGAUUAGCAUUCCACUUGGCCAACCAUAGAAGAACUUUGAAACCAAUACUUUUUUCUGCAAAAUUAGCUGCACAUAAUAGGCUCAGCUCAUCCCUGUUGGGAUUACCUCAGGGGUGACUUUGUCUUCCUGACUGCUGCUAACAUGCUAUGACAGAAAAGUGAAGGGAGAAUUCUAAUGUGCUAAAUAGAGCCUGAUUUAUUGAAGGGAUCUUUGCUUUAUUAGCGGCAAAACUGUCAUACUGCUCCAUGCUGAAAAUCAAGUGCUUUAGUCCAUUAGUAUGAAUAAAGGGGAAUUCAGCCAGUGAAGCAACAAGAGCCAAAUGUUCUCCACACGCAAAAACUGGAACUGGGAUUCAUUACUCAUUUAAAAAAAUCUUGACUUUCUGUAAUAAGAUUCAAAAAUUUGAGAAUAAAAUAUGGGAUAAUUUAUGGUUUAACUGUCUUUUCUUUUUAUGCUUUCAAGGUCAUAAAUAGGACUGUGAGGGCGAGGGGACAAGUGGUGGAAAUGAGGGUACUGCUAUUAAUUUUUUUUUUAAAGAUUGAUGUCAGAAUAAAUGAAGCAAUUUGAACACAUUUCUUCCUUGCUGGCAAAAUAAGGGUAUUGCAGAAUUUUGGAUUUUUGACAUGGAAUUGAACAGUGAAAAGGAAAGAGUAAACAGGGCAGCUUGCAGGGCAGCAGUUGAAGAAGGAGCAAAAAGGGUUUUCUUGUGUGUGUGUUUCUUUGUGGCUGAUUAGCUGCUCUCCCUGUGCAAAGGUCAGAGGGGGCAGGGUUUCUGUUGAGGCAGGUGAUUAGCUGUGGGAGUUUGAUCCAUCUUUUUGAUCCAUCCAGUUUGAUCCAUCUUUUAGAUUUAGGGGAGCUAGUUUUAAACGUUUGUUGGGGGAAACCUAGGUUUUUUUGUGCGGGGAGUUAUUUGUCCUGUCUUCACGCUUUUUAUGAUGGAGGACCGCUGUAGCCACCCCCAACGACAUGUUCUCAAGAUGGAGGGGGAGGGAACAGCUGCAGUUGCCUGCGGUUCCUGCGCAAUGUUUGCCAUCUUGCCAAAGGUUGCAGGCAGCUUUACCUGCAGCAAUUGCAUGUUGAUUGCCCUCUUAAAAGACAAAGUCCAGCAACUGGAGGAACGUGUAGCUACGCUCCAAAGAAUUAGAGAGCUGGAGCUCUUCUUGGAAGCAACAGAGCACACCGUAUCCACCAAGGAGGAGACAGGGGACUCCCCUGAGAAGGAGGCUAGUUCACCAACACAGGAGCCAGAUAUAUGGAGAAACGUGACUCAAAGAAGUAGGAGGCCCAGGGUUCGCUCUGAUUGUUUAGAAAUACACAAUCGCUUUGAGGUCCUCUCCCCUAGCAUGGAAGACGAAGAGCAGACUCCAUUUGAGGAUCUCUCCCUCAUUACAGUCAAUCAGGUAGAAUCAUAGAAUCAUAGAAUCAUAGAGCUGGAAGAGACCACAAGGGCCAUCGAGUCCAACCCCCUGCCAAGCAGGAAACACCAUCAGAGCACUCCUGACAUAUGGUUGUCAAGCCUCUGCUUAAAGACCUCCAAAGAGGAGACUCCACCACACUCCUUGGCAGCAAAUUCCACUGUUGAACAGCUCUUACUGUCAGGAAGUUCUUCCUAAUGUUUAGGUGGAAUCUUCUUUCUUGUAGUUUGGAUCCAUUGCUCUGUGUCCACUUCUCUGGAGCAGCAGAAAACAACCUUUCUCCCUCCUCUAUGUGACAUCCUUUUCUAUAUUUGAACAUGGCUAUCAUAUCACCCCUUAACCUCCUCUUCUCCAGGCUAAACAUGCCCAGCUCCCUUAGCCGUUCCUCAUAAGGCAUCGUUUCCAGGCCUUUGACCAUUUUGGUUGCCCUCCUCUGGACACGUUCCAGUUUGUCAGUGUCCUUCUUGAACUGUGGUGCCCAGAACUGGACACAGUACUCCAGGUGAGGUCUGACCAGGGCAGAAUACAGUGGCACUAUUACUUCCCUUGAUCUAGAUGCUAUACUCCUAUUGAAGGUAUGCUAUACUCCUAUUGAAGGUAUAUGAAGACGAGCAGCAAAGUCAGUCCUCAGGGAAUGUGCAGGCGACCUUGGAACGGACAGCUCACGGAAGAACCCCGACCAAACCUAAGAGGAGACGUGUAGUGGUGAUAGGGGAUUCCCUACUGAGGGGAACAGAAGCAGUGAUCUGUGGGCCUGACAAGAUGUCUCGGGAAGUGUGCUGUCUCCCGGGGCUAAGAUCCAAGAUGUAACUGAACGACUGCAAGGAAUCAUAAAACCCACUGACAAAUACCCCUUCCUCUUGGUUCAUGUGGGAACCAAUGACACUGCAAGCAAUAGCCUCCAGAAGAUCAAAAGAGACUACGAGGCUCUGGGCAGGAAAUUGAAGCAAUUAAAUGCACAAAUUGUCAUCUCAUCUGUCCUCCCAGUUGAACGAGGUGGCCCAGGGAGAGAGGGAAAAAUAGUGGAAGUGAACAGCUGGCUUCGCAAAUGGUGUAAACAGGAACGGUUUGGAUUCUUAGAUCACGGACUGCAGUUUCUUGAAGAUGGACUUCUGACAAGCGAUGGGCUGCACCUCACAACGGUUGGGAGAAAUGUUUUUGCCAAAAAUCUCAGAAACCUCAUCAGGAGGGCUUUAAACUGACUAAUGUGGGGAGGGAGACAGUGCUCCUGAAGGUAGGAGUCUAUCAAUUGAUGAAGAUGAUCAUCCAAAUGUCAUAGACCAAAUGGAGCAAACAGCACGCAGACCUAGUGGUGGGAGGAAAAAAUCCUUAAAUAAGAGACACGGGGAAUGAUUAAUGGACUUCAAUGUCUGUACACUAAUGUGCAAAGCAUGGGAAAUAAACAAGAUGAGCUUGAGCUCUUGGUACAGCAAACUAAAUAUGACAUAAUAGGCAUCACUGAAACCUGGUGGGAUAAGUCCCACGAUUGGAAUGUAAUAAUGGGGGGGGAUACAAUCUAUUUCAGAGAAACAGACCAGACAAGAAAGGAGGAGGAGUGGCGUUAUAUGUCAGGGAUGUGUAUACCUGUGAAGAGAUCCAAGAUUUAGAACCUCAAAGCCAAAGUGAGAGCAUUUGGGUCAAAAUUAAGGGAGAGAAGAAUAACAGUGACCUCAUUGUGGGAGUUUACUAUAGAUCCCCAAGCCAGAUGGAGGACAUAGAUGAUGCCUUCCUGGAACAGAUGGCCAAGCAUGCAAAAGGAAGUGAGAUAGUAGAAUAGAAUCAUAGAAUCAUAGAAUCAUAGAGUUGGAAGAGACCACAAGGGCCAUCGAGUCCAACCCCCUGCCAAGCAGGAAACACCAUCAGAGCACUCCUGACAUAUGGUUGUCAAGCCUCUGCUUAAAGACCUCCAAUGAAGGAGACUCCACCACACUCCUUGGCAGCAAAUUCCACUGUCAAACAGCUCUUACUGUCAGGAAGUUCUUCCUAAUGUUUAGGUGGAAUCUUCUUUCUUGUAGUUUGGAUCCAUUGCUCCGUGUCCGCUUCUCUGGAGCAGCAGAAAACAACCUUUCUCCCUCCUCUAUGUGACAUGUAUUUGAACAUGGCUAUCAUAUCACCCCUUAACCUCCUCUUCUCCAGGCUAAAUAUGCCCAGCUCCCUUAGCCGUUCCUCAUAAGGCAUCGUUUCCAGGCCUUUGACCAUUUUGUUUUUGUUUUUUUUAAAUGAUAUUUAUUAAGAUUUCAAAAAAUACAAAAGUUACACAAAAACAGAAAAUAGAAAAUACAAAAGCUUGCACAAAAAAGAUAGAAAAAUAAAAAUAAAAAUAUGAAAAAGUAGAAAAUACAGAAAAAAAUAAUAGUAAAAAAGAAAAAAAAGCAUUAGACCUCCUCCUCCUCCCUUCCUUUGUAUUCUAGUUAUUAAUUAUCCCAGCAAAUCCUUUCCUUUCCAUAUUUCAAUAAGAAAAUAAAACAAAGAAAGAUUCCCAAUUAAUUUAAUCCUAUCUUUCUAUAAUAAAAUAAACCUUAAAAUUUAAAAUUUAAGUCUUAACUUUACCAGCUUCUUAUGUUCAUAAUGUUCUUUCAUAAUUCUUUAUACAUCUUUACUAAAGCCAGGUAAUUUCUUCCAACAUUUUUCUAUCCUUCAUUUUUCUAUCAUUCUAUCAUUCAUCAACUUUAUAAAACAUUCUAUUAGUUAAAAAAAAAAGAGAGAGAGAGAAGAGAAAAAAGCAUAUAAACAAGCCCAAUCUUUAUCCAACGUCCCUUCCUCCUGGUUCCGGGAUUUGUCAGUCCUUAUUUCCUCAAUCUAACCCGGUGACCUUAUGUCCGAGGCCCUCAGGUCACUUCCAUGGCCCUUCCGCCGCUUUUCUUCAUAUUUGUGGCUAUAGUCACUUACUCGUAGUAACUCCAACUUAAUAGUGUUUUUAACCCUUCUCAUCAAAUCAGACCCUUUUCCAUGUUCAUCGCUGCAUUCCAUGUAGUAUUUAAGAGCAUGCUUCAAGGGCCCUCCAAAAUUGUGGGCCCCCACAAUUCCAAACAUGUCGCAGCCUGUUACUGUAUUUAAAAAGUCCAGAUAUCCCGACAUAGGGGGGUCAAUCCAGCCCCCCAUUUCCAAACCACAGCAAACUUUCCCUUCCCAGAUCUGGUUUUUUCCAAGUUCCAUUGUCAAAUCCGAAGGAUCAAACGCCUGUUGAGACUGUUCUGUCAAACCACACUCCUGAUUUAAUGCCACAAACCCCUGUUCUGUCAAAACACACUCCUGGUUUGAGUCCUGGAUGGACUCCACAUAUAUUCCCACAGUCUGAUCAAGACCUUCCACUCCCUGUUUAAGAUUUCCAGUCGACUUGGCCAUCUGGUUCACCUUAUCAUGUAAUUCUUCCAGUAAAGUGUUUGUUUUAUUAAACAGGCAGACCACAACUUCUGAAAACAUUGUUGCACUCUCCCACGGUUAUUUGUAGCACCUGUCAAGUUCUUGGCAUUAGUUACAGUUUCAAAGGCUCCCCCUAGGGAGAAGACUUAUGUUUGUUUUUGCUACAUUUCCAUGUUACUUGAAAUACUUUAUCCAUAUAUAUUCCUUUAAAAUGCGAAAGGGGACAGUAGAGUCACAAAGAUUCUCUUCUUUUUUAGCUAUCUGUCACACACAGUUAUCUUGAUUGAUUCUCGUCAGUCCUGACUUCCCCGCUCCAGGAUCAGGACGAAAAUAACUUCCUUUUACUGCUUCAAAUAGUCCAAAAAAAAUAUUCCCAAUUUGAAAUGUUGGAAUCCACUCUUUCAAAAGCAAUUUUCAAAGCUCUAGUAUAAAUUGCCUUUGCUUUGUUCUAUUUACAAAAGAACGGAAGGGUGACUUCCUGUUUAGCCCUUCCCGCUCCGUACCAAAUUCAAUUGAUUUUUUUCUUUUCUUUUUUAUAGUCCAAUUCUGUCCUUUUCACUAAUCUUCAUUUACUGUCCCAAUUUGUUCCAAUUCUGAGUACUCACGGAUGUUUGUUUUAAAGUCCGAAUUGUCCAGGAAAAAAGGCAGCGCUCUCCGGCAACAGCUACACGGCUUCACUCCACAAAAGAAGCAGACAACUCGCAGCACAGCGCCACUUCCCCGCUCUGUUCCGGAGCCCGUUGCCGGGUUCCUUUGCAGAUUGGGGGGGCGCAAACAGUGCCCGCCGAGUCCCAGGGUCACAGGCUUCACCCGCCUGUGGUUUAAAGGGUCCCCGCUGCGCCGAAGCGGUACUAGACCCGAUUUCUGUGGAGCGGUUUCCCUCCGAAUUAGAGGGAUUCCGCCAUUGCCGUUGGCGCCACCUUCGGAAGUCCAGGCCUUUGACCAUUUUGGUUGCCCUCCUCUGGACACGUUCCAGUUUGUCAGUGUCCUUCUUGAACUGUGGUGCCCAGAACUGGACACAGUACUCCAGGUGAGGUCUGACCAGAGCAGAAUACAGUGGCACUAUUACUUCCCUUGAUCUAGAUGCUAUACUCCUAUUGAUGCAGCCCAGAAUUGCAUUGGCUUUUUUAAGCUGCCGCGUCACGCUGUUGGCUCAUGUCAAGUUUGUGGUCAACCAAGACUCCUAGAUCCUUUUCACAUGUACUGCUCUCAAGCCAGGUGUCACCCAUCUUGUAUUUGUGCCUCUCAUUUUUUUUGCUCAAGUGCAAUACUUUACAUUUCUCCCUGUUAAAAUUCAUCUUGUUUGUUUUGGCCCAGUUCUCUAAUCUGUCAAGGUCGUUUUGAAGUGUGAUCCUGUCCUCUGGGGUGUUAGCCACUCCUCCCAGUUUGGUGUCAUCUGCAAAUUUGAUCAGGAUGCCCUUGAGUCCAUCAUCCAAGUCGUUGAUAAAGAUGUUGAAUAAGACCGGGCCCAAGACAGAACCCUGUGGCACCCCACUAGUCACUCUUCUCCAGGAUGAAAAGGAACCAUUGAUAUUUGUUGAAUGUCAAACUCAGCCAAGAGCCUAAGGUCAAACAGAUUCCACACUGGCCUUGCAGACAACUUCAUUAUCCAGAAAGUGGGAGAAGCAACAAGAGGAACAGCCAUUUUAGAUCUGGUCCUAACCAAUGUUGAUGACCUCGUUAGUGGGGUAGAAGUGGAAGGAUCAUUAGGCGCGAGUGAUCAUGCUCUUCUGAAGUUUACUAUACAGCGGAAAGGAGCAGCCAAGCAUACUAGGACUCAAUUUCUUGACUUUAAGAAAUCCGACUUCAUAAAACUUAGGGAAGUGCUGGGUGAGAUCCCAUGGACAGUAAUACUAAAAGGAAAGGGAGUUCAUGAUGGCUGGGAGUUUGUUAGGAGGGAGAUAGUAAAAGCACAACGUCAGGCAAUACCAAUGAGACGGAAACAUGGAAAGUGCCUAAAGAAGCCAGGGUGGCUAUCUAAAGAACUUUUAACUAAGUUAAGAUUAAAAAAGGAUGUGUACAAAAAUGGAAAAGGGGGGAAAUCACCAAAGAGGAAUUCAAACAAAUAGCCAGCUCGUGUAGACACAAAGUCAGAAAAGCUAAAGCACAGAAUGAACUCAGGCUUGCUAGAGAGGUUAAAAGCAACAAAAAAGGCUUUUAUGGGUAUGUUCGUAGCAAAAGGAAGAACAAAGAAACAGUGGGGUCACUCAGAACAGAAGAUGGUGAAAUGCAAACAGGGGACACAGAAAGGGCUGAACUCCUCAAUGCCUUCUUUGCCUCAGUCUUCUCCGAUAAAGAAAACAAUGCCCGACCUGAAGAAUUUGGAGCAAAUGAUUCAGCAAAGGAAACACAGCCCAGAAUAACUAAGGAGAUAGUACAAGAAUACUUGGCUAGUUUAGAUGUAUUCAAGUCCCCAGGGCCAGAUGAACUGCAUCCAAGAGUAUUAAAAGAACUGGCAGAUGUGAUCUCAGAACCACUGGCAGUCAUCUUUGAGAAUUCCUGGAGAACAGGCGAAGUCCCGGCAGACUGGAGGAGGGCAAAUGUUGUCCCUAUUUUCAAAAAGGGGGAAAGAGAGGACCCAAAUAAUUACCGCCCAGUCAGUCUGACAUCAAUAGCAGGGAAGAUUCUGGAGCAGAUCAUUAAGCAAACAGUCUGUGAGCACCUAGAAAGGAAUGCUGUGAUCACCAAUAGUCAGCAUGGAUUUCUGAAAAAUAAGUCAUGUCAGACUAACCUGAUCUUGGUUUUUGACAAAAUUACAAGCCUGGUAGAUGAAGGGAACGCAGUGGAUGUAGCCUACCUUGAUUUCAGCAAGGCAUUUGACAAGGUGCCCCAUGAUAUUCUUGUAAAGAAGCUGGUAAAAUGCGGUCUUGACUAUGCUACCACUCAGUGGAUUUGUAACUGGCUGACUGACCGAACCCAAAGGGUGCUCAUCAAUGGUUCCUCUUCAUCCUGGAGAAGAGUGACUAGUGGGGUGCCACAGGGUUCUGUCUUGGGCCCGGUCUUAUUCAACAUCUUUAUCAACGACUUGGAUGAUGGACUCAAGGGCAUCCUGAUCAAAUUUGCAGAUGACACCAAACUGGGAGGGGUGGCUAACACCCCAGAGGACAGGAUCACACUUCAAAACGACCUUGACAGAUUAGAGAACUGGGCCAAAACAAACAAGAUGAAUUUUAACAGGGAGAAAUGUAAAGUAUUGCACUUGGGCAAAAAAAUGAGAGGCACAAAUACAAGAUGGGGGACACCUGGCUUGAGAGCAGUACAUGUGAAAAGGAUCUAGGAGUCUUGGUUGACCACAAACUUGACAUGAGCCAACAGUGUGACGCGGCAGCCAAAAAAGCCAAUGCAAUUCUGGGCUGCAUCAAUAGGAGUAUAGCAUCUAGAUCAAGGGAAGUAAUAGUGCCACUGUAUUCUGCUCUGGUCAGACCUCACCUGGAGUACUGUGUCCAGUUCUGGGCACCACAGUUCAAGAAGGACACUGACAAACUGGAACGUGUCCAGAGGAGGGCAACCAAAAUGGUCAAAGGCCUGGAAACGAUGCCUUAUGAGGAACGGCUAAGGGAGCUGGGCAUGUUUAGCCUGGAGAAGAGGAGGUUAAGGGGUGAUAUGAUAGCCAUGUUCAAAUAUAGAAAAGGAUGUCACAUAGAGGAGGGAGAAAGGUUGUUUUCUGCUGCUCCAGAGAAGCGGACACGGAGCAAUCGAUCCAAACUACAAGAAAGAAGAUUCCACCUAAACAUUAGGAAGAACUUCCUGACAGUAAGAGCUGUUUGACAGUGGAAUUUGCUGCCAAGGAGUGUGGUGGAGUCUCCUUCUUUGGAGGUCUUUAAGCAGAGGCUUGACAACCAUAUGUCAGGAGUGCUCUGAUGGUGUUUCCUGCUUGGCAGGGGGUUGGACUCGAUGGCCCUUGUGGUCUCUUCCAACUCUAUGAUUCUAUGAUUCUAAGCACUGUGCAGAUUUGAGGAGAACCCCUGCAGGACCAUGUUUCAAUGGUGUUACUUCCCUUGUCAACUCUGUCAAGGAUGAAUAUAGAUCAGGGGUUGUAUCCUGCUAAGUCAUACUCAGAGCAGAGCCACUGAGAUUAAUGGACCUGUAUAAUAUGGAAAGCAUAACUUCUUUGACACUGCUCAUUAACCAUGCUGGCAUCCUCUUGGCCCUGGUGAUGAGUUUCCUGAUGAGUUUCUGUUAUUGGGUUUUUAACAACUGCCAAACUUUUUGAAGAGAUGUGGACCUCUUUACUUUUCAGCUUUUUUUUUUUUUUACAAAUCCCCUUUUUUGGCAGUUUCCUCAUUUGAAGUUAAAUGUGUUGGAUUUUCUUGGCAAUCGUCUACUUAGUUAUAUGUUGAAUUUGAUAGCACUCUGGUCACUGAUCCCAACUGUUCAGCAUCUUGCACCAAGGCCAAGACUGCCACCCCUAACUGUUCUAGGAUACUUCUUUGUCAUAAGUGGAACAUGCAUGUGUCACUUUUAUUGCAGCGUUUCCCUUUUUUGGUGCCUCCUUGAUUUCAUUCUCUAUCUCAAGAUCACCCUAACCAUUAUGGUCAGGGAGACGAUAGUGCAACACUAAUACUGCCUAUCAUAUUCCCACCCCCAGUUCUUAAAAUGUAAUUACAGUCUAGCUUUCCCUUUUUUAGGUCUGCGUGGUGGCCUUAUUGGGACUAGUGAUGCUAUGUGUUUCUUACCAACCGGAUGAGAAGACCUGUAUACAGUUUGCCAUCAAGGUACAUUGCCUGAUACUGUUUUUUCUUCCUUGUUAACCUCAAAUAUCUGAGAAGCCAGAAGGGGUGGUGGGUUUCUGGAGAUUAGAGUGUUGGCCUUAUUGUCCUGCCUUUUGCCUCUUCCAAGAAGAAGAGAUUUUAUAAGUAGGCAAAUAAGUGCAAAUGUCUUAUGCCAGCCUUCCUCAACCUGGUGCCCUCCAGACAUUUUGGACUACAACUCGCAUCAGCUCCAGCUUGCACAGCUGUGAUACACAGAUAAAAUAAUUCAGCUUCUUGCAAGGGUUCACACAUUUUCACUGGGCUUGGUAGCUAACCAUUAUUUUGAGUAGCCAAGAUGAUUUUGUCGCUUUACUUCUUUCUCUAUGGAAGCAAAAUGUAUGUCCCUUUUGUACACGCUAUGAAAAUUCUUGGGAGGAAAAUGUUGCAGCCUAGGAAGCUGCCUCAUUCAAAGUCUGUCUGGCCCAGUAUUGUCCACAGUGACUGACCAGCAGUAGCCUUCCAGAGUUUCAGAUAGGGGACAUUUUCAGCCCUACCUGGAGAGGCCAACAAUUGAACCUGGGACCUUCUGCUCUACCUAUGUGCUAUGGCCUUUCCCCUAACAAUAUGUGUUUGCGUGCUUGGAUAAACCCCUCUCUUUCUGCCCAUAACACUAAGGCUGCCAUUUUGCAUCCUGAUGACUUUUGAAAAAGUCUGAUAGUCUCCUGUGGCACAAUGCACAGGAAUGUUUCUCUGCUGGAUUCCAGAAUUACAUUUCAGGCUAUGUUCCCCUCCAAAUCUGUAGCAAAGUUUUACAUUUGUUUCCCAGUGUUUUGCCGUGCCCUAGAAACUGAGUAAUUGAUAUUCAAGCUGAGGGUCAUAGCUGUCACUCAAUGGGGCCUUAAAUUUCUGUGUGCCAUGGGCAACCUUGUUGCUAUUUGUGGAUCGCUGGGUUUUGUUUUUUUUGGCUCAAUAAAUUUGACAGAUUUAUUCAUUAUUGAUCUGAUAGCAUGUGUACAAAGAAACCAAGGCAUGAUUAGGAUUUUGUUUAAAGUCUUUAUUCCCCUCCCCCCCUUUAUCUUUUGCCAGUAGAACUGAAAAAGAGACGUGUGUGGGAUGUCAUUCACAGUCCAACACAUCCCUUUCUCCUCUCUUCUAUGUUUAUGUAGCAAUCACCAGCCUGUAUUUAUGUCAAGCUGUGAAAAACAGCAAAUCCAAACUCCUUUUCUAGCUCCUUUCUUUGUUGUGUGUGCAGUUUUGGAAUUGCUUCUUAGUCUGCCAUGUGAUUGAUCUGCUGAUGAGAUCUCAGGGUAACCUCGUGCACAAGCUUUGAUCCUCUCCUUUGAUGUCCUCGUUCUGAAAUGUGGAGAAAAUGUUCUGCCCUUCCAGUGCCUGAAACCAUGCAAUAAACAUUUAACAGGGCAAUAGCUCCUACCCCAAAGCCCACAUGAUUCUCCCUGUCUCUGAGGAUUGCCUUGAAGGGUGCCUAUACAGUGGUACCUCAGUUUACGAACAACCUAGUUAACGAACUUUUUGGAUUACGAAUGCUUCAAACACGGAAAUGAGUGUUCUGGGUUAGUUUUUUUUGGUAUACGAAUGUACUCUGUUGGGGGUGCACUUUUGUUUUGAGUGCCACACUUCCGUUGUCCGGCAACGGAGAACGGGGUUGUCAAGGCGUUUCUGCAGCUGCGAGGGAGGGAAGCUGUGCGCCCGCCAGCCAGCUGGUUUGCAGGCGUGCAACUCUCUCCCCCCCCCAUGCCGCUGCAGGAGGCACACGCUCUAGGGAGCAUUUCCUGCAGCAGCUUGGGGGGGGGGGAAUCUGUGUGGAUCCCAGUUCAGCUAGUGAUUGAUUGUGUGACUGCAGAAAUGGAUAAAAGCCCCCCCCCCCCAGCAAUGACUAUCAUCAGUGCAGGUAAGAAAAUUUUUAAAUUUUUAUUUUUAUCAUCUACAAUACUGUUUUAGUUAUUUUAUAGUACAGUACAUUGAUUAUUGCUUUCAUUUUAUGUUAGAUAGUAAAAUUCAUGUUAAAUUGCUGCUUUAGGGGUUGUUUUUAAAAGUCUGGAACAGAUUAAUCCAUUUUGCAUUACUUUCUAUGGGAAAGCGUGCCUUGGUUUGGGAACGCUUUGUUUUAGAACAGACUUCCAGAACGGAUUAAGUUCGUAAACCAAGGUACCACUGUUAUAUGUUUUACAGUCGCUGAUGACCUAAAUACUGCAUUUGGAGGCAUUUCUUUUAAAAAUAUUAUUAUAGAUGUACCAACAUUUCAUAAGAAUAUGAGAAGAGCACUGCUGGAUCAGACCAAAGGUCUGUGUAGUUGAACAUUGCCCCUGUUUCCCACAAGCUGCCUCUGGGAAGCCCACAAGCCAGGCUCUGAGGCAAGUGAGAGACUCUCUUGCUCUUGUUUUCUGGCAACAGCCAUUUAGUUACAUACUGUCUCUCUGAACUUCAACUUUCCAUAUGGCCAUCCUGCUAAAAAGCCAUCAAUUUAUUUCUCAAACAUAUUGAAGGGUCACCUUUUCCGAGUCAAACUCGCUAAGGGGACUUUACACAAUAAAAUACUUUUUAAAAAAAACUUUCCAACUACUACUAUUAUUAUUUAUUUAAUUUAUAUACCACCUUAGUCAAAAGAUGAAUAUAAUACAAAACUUCAUGUUGAAAGCUCACACAAUUAAUAAAGCCAGGAACAAUGAUGAAACACAUAUUUUUCCCACAAAGUCCCAAAGCGACUUGAUAUCAACAUAGAGAGUCACUAGUUGAUAAGCCAGUAGAAAUAAGUGGGUCUUCAAGGCCUUUCAGAAGUGUAGUACCUGAAAUGUAGUAGUUUUAUGAAGUCAGCUGACAGUGAAUUCCAUUGUCAUGGUUGACCUUAACAUGCGGGCAGGUUGGUAUGGGCAUAGUGGCCUGUCAAAUAAUUUGUUAGAUCAAUAGCUCUAUGUUGGUUAACUGAAACUUAGACAGGGGUGUUGUUGAUGGAUUCUUGUUACUGUUCUUGUAAAAAAUGUAUCAUAGAUGUACUUUGGAAUCCAAUGUAAUGCAAUAUCUGCUGGUAUUUUUGAGCAUCAUAAGUAUUAAAUUAUGUCAAUAAUAAAUAUGAGGGGAAAGUAGUAGCAGAAUCAUUUUGGGCUACUUCUUACUCUUGCACCUAGAGUUGGCCCUACCAUUAGGCGGAGUGAACUGGCUACCUCCAGCUCACCAAGAAGUGAGGAGCAGCAGAGAAGAGUGGCGGGCUUCGGCUCAGGCAUAAAAAAGCCUUGGGAUGCCCUGCUUACUGUCAGAGUAAACCUUUUCAGAUGCAAGACUGAAAGUGUGCCUCCAAUUUUAAUUCAGAGCAGAAUUGUGGCUUAGCUAUCAGAAUAAUGGGAAAUGCGAUCCUAAUGUGAAUCCAGAACUCCAUUAAACUUCAAAAUAAGCACAAUUUAUGUCAGUAUGAGAUAAAAGAACAAGGCUUUUAGGAACUACAUUAACACUGAUGUACUUACAGCUAUUGUUAGCAAGCUUGUUUUAAGAAACAUUUUUUUAAAGAUUUGUCUGAUAUAUUUCUUGCUGACUUUUUCUUCAAGUGUGACUUAAAUAAGUUUAAGUUAGCCCCCCAUUGUUAUGCACAGUUUCCACAGCUACAUUUGGCCCUCCACAAUGUAGGGUAAUUUCCAAUGUUACUCAUUCUCAGAGUAGACCCAUUGAAAUCAAGUCUAUUGGCUUUUGUUGGGUUCUGCACACAGCAAAAAGGACAAAAUGGAGGGGAGGGUUUUCAAACAGGAAAAACAUUUACAAAAUUUAUAAAAUUUGCAAGUUACCCAGUCACAGAUCUUCUGUUGUCUAAUUUGAACUUUAGUUGUUUGUUCCCACUUUCCUGUGCAUUUUCUCUGUCUUUUUUAAAAAAAGAAUAUGUCGUCAUAUUUCACACGCAGCCUUAUUACCAAAAGUACAGAGUUCAGUUAAAACUACCCCCAGUUUUCGUUUUUAAAAAAGCUUCCACAGUAUAGUCAUUUUAUUUCAAAAGACUCUGCAAAAUAAAAUUCUGCACAUUUUAACUUAGUUUGGGGGCAGAACAUAUAUAACCACUUCAAAUGUUGUCAAUAAACCUGGCUAUUCCCCUCCCCACCAAAUGAAGUCACAAACAGGAAGAAUGAUUCAUACAGUUGAUGGAAGAGGCAUAUACCUGGGCUAUGGAUUUUAUCAACACAGACAGACUUGGAACAUCAAGGUCACAAAACUGCUUUUGUAUUGAUGGUUUCCUCAUGCUGCGACCACAAAAAAGACUCUCUUCCUCCAUGUCAAGUUGCUGACAUAAGAAGCUGGGGGCGGGGCAGGGAAAUGAGGAUGGUACUGACUAGAGAGUGAUUUCCACCUCCUCUCAUAAUACAAAACUUGGAGUCAUCCAGUGGAAUUGCUUGGCAGUAGUUUCAGGGCAAACAAAAGAAAGUAGUUCUCCGUAUAAUGCAGGGGUGGGCAGUUUGUGGACCCCCAGAUGCUGUUGGACUCCAGCUCUGCCAUCAAGUAUGAUCAGGGAUUAUGGGAGCUGCCAAGCAACAUCUGAAAGGCCACAGGUUCCCCAAAUCUGACUUAUGAGAUUCUCUGCCAUUAACUUUUUAAAAGAUGCAGGACAAUUUCAUCAACAGUAGCUGUGAAAAGUAGGGCUAGCUGCAAGAAAAUGCUGCAGCGUGGAGUGUUCACUGCUCCACAAUACUCCAUUCCAUUUUCCUUCCCACAUAAUUCCUCCACCACCACCAGUUAGUUAACGUUACGUGGCCACUGAGCAUGCUCAGUCCUCAUUGGGCUGUUUCAGUUCCUUCCACCCUCACUAAAGAUUCUGUAUACUUCAGCAAACAUCAUCCUUGUGUGUGGAUGGCUCUGUUUUGGCCCAAUGAGCAGUGGCGGUACUUACCUCUACACAUUGGAAAUAGAGAGAAUGAUGGCUAAAUGAAGUCUUCCUAUUCAUAGGCCACAGGCCUCUGAAUUUUAGAUGACAGGAAGAAGAAUCAAGUGGAUUAUUGCCUGUAUGCCUUGCUUCUGUUGACUCCUGGUAGAAUCUGGUAGACCACUGUGGGGAGGAGGAUGCUGAACUAUAUGGAUUCUUAACUAUAUGGUAGUCUUAACUACCAGGGCUCUAAUCACAUUCUUAAAUGUACAAUGACUGCUUAGAGUACACUGUUGCUAGGUUUAGGGGGCACUUGGGGCUCCAGUCCCUCAAUAAUUUGAAUUAGGGGGCCCAGCCCCCCAAUAUUGAGGGGGCCAACACCCACCGCCAGGUGCCCUCCGGGUGCCCCAGCUCCCACCCAGCAGCUGGGACAAGCGAGAGCGAAGAUUGCCCUCCGCACGUGUCUGCCCCCCCCGCAUGUCACGGGGAAGAGGAGGAGCAUAAAGCAGCGCCAUGCUCCGCCUCCUUCUCCCUGCAGCAUGUCAUGUGAUGUGUGCCCCCAAUGUGGGGGGCAAGCUGGUGCCCCUGUUAACAAUAGUAACAAUAGUAACUGAUUAGAAGGUUGUGUUUAUGUUAGGUAGGCAAAAAUAGUAACGUCAGUGCAGAAUAGCAAAACAACAGCUAUUCUGCACAUGAAAAUCUGAUGAGAUGUUACUUGGUUUGUGAAACAAAAAGAAAAAUAUGUUUCAUACUCCGGGCCAGCCCACCCAUGAGGCAAGGUGAGGAGACUGCUUUGGGUGGCAGGAUCCACAGGGGGAGCAGAUCUUUAUUACCCCCCUCCACUCACCCCUUCUUCCCUAGCUGGGAGGGGAGCAUCCAUUGUGGUCCACCUCAGGUGCUAGAAUGUACUCAUACUCUGCAUAGAGUAGCAAGCAGAUGCAAGUGAGUUUCAGCAGGGAGGGCAGCAAAGAGACGUUUGUGUGCGUGGGGCAGGGGAAACGUUAUUCAGUAAAGUCAAGAGGCCUACCCUUAGAUACAUUAAGAAUACAAAGAAGUUCAUCAAGUCCCUCAUUCUGUGAUGGAGGCACACAGUAUGCGAUAAGCAACUCCCUUACAACACACUGAUUUUGUUGUACUGCAUCUCAGGUUACAUCAUCAACCCCACAGUGAAGUCUUGAAACAGGCUGAUCACUAUAUUCAUCCAUGUGCCUAAAUAAGUCAACAUGUUGUGCUUCCACAGCCUUUUUGUGUGAUUUCACAAACAAGUUAAGCAAUUCAAGCAAAGUCCCACGCUUGGGGCAUGUUGGUACAGUAAUGACACACAUCAGUUAAAUAUAAUUACCUGCUCAUGGCUUACUGGAAGCAUCUGAUAGGCCAGCACAGGAAAGAGGCUAUUCACCUAGGUGGAUUCUUGAUCUGAUCCAGCGGAAUCUUUUCUCAUUCUUUAUAGUCUUAUUUCCUGAAUGUUCAAAGUGCUUAAAAUAUAUUACAUCUGUAAUCUUGUAAAGUAGGCUUACUUUACAUGAUGUAUCAUCAGCAUACAGAUUGAGAGAUGGGGUUAAAGCUGAGAGAUAUUAACAAAAGAGAAGCACUAUUUUUAACAAAAAAUAUAUUGGCUCCAAUGAAGAGUUAGACUUGCAGGCAAAAUGCUAAAUUAUAUGAGCUUGUUUUUUCUAGCAUCACUUGAGGUACACCUCUCCUUUUAUUGGAUUUUAGCAUCUCGUCCUGCUGUCUUUAUUUUUUGACUUAUCAGCUUCUCUAAUGCCACCUAGCAUAUAGCUCACAUCAUAGAAUCAUAGAGUUGGAAGGUCCUUAGCCAAUACUCUAUCACAGCUCUAUUAACUGUUCAGAAUCAUCUCACUUUGGAGAUGUAACCCUUUUAAACUCAGCUCAACAUUGUGAAUAUUUCUCUGCUCCCGCCCCUUGAUUGAAGUUUGCUUUCUUGCUCAUAGAUUGCAGCAUCAAGUAAUGGCAUGCAUCUGUGAGCUAGACAAAAUUUGUAAAUGUCCAAAAACUCAGAUGGAUUGGUGAAUUUUGACAGGUACCCAGAUGUGAUUGGCAGAGCUCAUUGUUGUUUGUUCAAAACAUAGGAAAAUCAUCACCUAUUUCUGGACAUUUGUGAAAGUCAUCUGGGACUGUCAGAGUUCAUAUAUAAAUGGCAACCUUCACCAACUUGCAAACAUUCACUGUAAAGCCCAUAUAAAAUUGCUUGUAAUGCUGAAAAUAAAUUCAUUGUGUUUCCUUUCCAGGUUGCAUACUUUCUGCUGAGCGCUCUGAGUCUGAUUGUCUGUGUUUUGGCAGUAGCUUUUGCUGCCUACUGUUAUUCACAGAUCACACAGUUUACCUGUGAAACCAUCACUGAGGCCUGUCAGUGUAAACUGGAAACAGUGGAUCCCCUCAGCAGAACCUUCAUGUACAAGAAUGUAUCCGACUGUACCGACAUCACCAAUACUUUCAACCUUUACUUGCUGAUCCAGAUAGUGCUUAACCUCCUUGCAGCAAUUGUGGGCUUCACAGUGUGUUUUGUGAUGUGGAAAGACAGAUACCAGGUCUUUUAUGUAGGCAUCUGGCUACAGUCAUUAACUACUACUGAAGUCCAACAACAGAAAGUAUAGGCAUCCAGGCUGUGUUGAGAAGAACAGUAAAUCAUCAUCAUCAUCCCACCACCCAAUGGAUGGCUGUUCAUAAAGCUGGGGAACGGAGAGAGAAAUUGCUCAAUUAAUAUUAUUGGUUCAGAGAAAUUAUGUGAAAUUUCUAUAAUAACAGUUACCAGACCCUCUGCCACAUCUCCUAGGUGCACCAAGGAGAUCCCUGCCUGUUUCCCUUUCUAGAUCAGGAACUGCAGGCACUAUUUGCCUAUACAUUGAAAUGUGGAUGUCAUCUAUCCGUAUUGCUUUCAUUACACAUUCCCCAUCUACUUUCUGGUGCAACUAGUCAUGGGCAAAUACUUUUUUAAAAGUGCAAGUCAAGUUGGAUUGGAGUAGUUAUGUUUUCAGGUUAAGCUUAAGGUUACUGAGCCAAGAGGUAACUACUGCACUUACCUCUAGGUAGCAGUAGCUCAGGGGGGCUACUUCUAGUGUACCAUGAGGCAAGUACCCCAGGAUUAAAUGCCAAAAAGGCAAGCCCCAUACAGUGGUACCUCGGGUUAAGAAUUUGUUCUGGAGGUCCGUUCUUAACCUGAAACUUAACCUGAGGUACCACUUUAGCUAAUGGGGCCUCCUGCUGCCACCAUGCGAUUUCUGUUCUCAUCCUGAAGCAAAGUUCUUAACCCAAGGUACUAUUUCUGGGUUAGCAGAGUCUGUAACCUGAAGCGUAUGUAACCCGAGGUACCACUGUAUAUGUUUUUAAUCUGAUCCUUCCUCCAAGGAGCAAAAGGUGGCACAAUGCAGCCUCUCUCACAGCGAUAUGCAGUUAAGUUUUUUUCAGAUUACACCCAUGAGCAUGGUUAAGGCCAUUGAUUAACCCGAGGUACGAUUUCUGGGUUAGCAGAGUCUGUAACCUGAAGCGUAUGUAACCCGAAGUACCACUGUAUACCCUUUCCCCCAAAAUAUGUUUUUACACAGAUGGAUUUUCAGUUUAUAGAAUAGCAGCUUGGUUGGCCUGUCCUCCAUGGUUGCUCAAAAUAACAUGCAUAUCUUCUGCUGAAAUGGUCAGGUCAAACUGUGUGGUCAUGUACAAUGGUGGGCAUAGACCCAUCCCAUUAUGCUUUGCCAGUGUGGAACAUAGCCAUGGAGUGUGUCCUAAGAGCUUGGAUGGAGGAUAGAUACAGUGCAACGUGUAAACCAGACCUAUUAUGAAAGGAAGUUUCUAGAAAGUGGUUCCCUAGCCUUAAAUCUGUUCCUAUAGAUCCAGGUAACCUGCAGUCCAGGUUAUGGUCACUCAGUACCUCUAAAUGUUGAAUGUGUGGAUGAUCAUAUGUGACCUUCAGUAACACAAGACAGUGUUGCCACUCCACUUUAUCUAAACUAUUGUAGUUGUCCAGCCCAUUUGAAUGAUCGUAUACUUUACAUUAAUCCAGGACCACAUAUUUUAAUUUACACUUAAAAUAUCAUCAUGUUAAAACAAUAUAUUCAAAAUCAGUCAUUGGGCACAAUUCAGAUUUUUUAUUAUUAAAUGCAGCAGAAACUUGCUUAAGUAUCUUGAUCCCACCGAAACUAACAGCAAACAUUCAAUUGACUUACCAGAUCUAGGCUGUAUUUUAACCCCCUGUGAAAACAACAAAACUAGGAACACUGCCGAUAGGAGUUAAAGCACAUUUAUAUUGUCUCUGGAUUGCACCCUUCACCUCCUGUCCUCCCCAACAGAGGCACCAACUUGAGCAGAAGAUUUCGGGCACCAAUGAUGUGUGGGAUGCCGGGAAGAGCCAGGGGGCAGAGCCAAAUGCUGUGGCAUCGCUGCUUCUUUGGCACUUGGCCUAUUCCUCCCACACACCCCACCCACUGGCCAGGAGCUGCUUUCCCCCUCCACAGCAGGAAGGGGAGGAGGAAGAGCUGCCAGCAGCUGAAACCAGGCCACACCAUAGUUGGCUGCGUGAUAGGCCUUCUCUGACCCUGAUUGUCCUCACAUUGAGGGGGGCAAUAUUUUAUGGGAGGACAAAGGGACCUGAGCCUCUUAAGAGUCAGCACCUAAGAGUGUUAAUAAAUGACAUUGACAUAAACGUUAAUACUUAAGAAAGGUAUUUAAGAAUUGUGUCACACAAAUCUAUAGCAGAUGAGAGCAUAAGCUUCUCUUCUGUCCAUUUACCUUGUUCCAAAAGUUGUCUCUUUAGAGCUGCUUUUAUUAACCCAGAUAACCUGUUGGCUUUACUCUAUAAUAUUAUUUACAGUGGUGCAAAACCAUGUAGGGUUAACAAAAAACCAUGCACAGCAAAGUCUUGGGAUUGACUCUAAUUAUGUCUAAUUUUUUUUAGUUCAUUAUAUACAGUGCUUUUUUCUGUGGCCACGCAUACCCCUGAACAUUUUGUGAAUCUUUGUAAUUUUGUCCAUUUACUAUAUUUAUUUUUCCCGAUUUGAACUAUAAAAUGGUGAUUUACUAAUCUUCUCCAAUCCUCUGGCCACUGCUGAGUUUUCCAAACUUGCUGGCAUAUUAAGUGUAGCACCUUGAUAGUAUCAUCUUUUAAAAUUUUAAAUAGUUCAGCUGGAAUACCAUCACUUCCACUGGCCUUGUUAUUUGCAGUGCUUUCUAAGGCCCAUUGGACUUCACUCUCCAGGAUGUCUGGCUCAAGGUCAGUAACCACACUACCUGGGGUGUGCGAGUCAUCCAUAUCUUUCUGGUAUAAUUCCUCUUUGUAUUCUUGCCACCUCUUCUUGAUGUCUUCUGCUUCUGUUAGGUCCUUACCACUUUUGUCCUUUAUUAUGGUAAUCUUUGUACGAAAUGUUCCUUUCAUAUCUCCAAUUUUCUUGAAAAAAUCUCUGGUUCUUCCCAUUCUGUUGUUUUCCUCUAUUUCUUUGCAUUGCUCGUUUAAGAAGGCCUUCUUGUCUCUCCUUGCUAUUUUUUGGAAAUCUGCAUUCAAUUUCCUGUAUCUUUCACUAUCUCCCUCGCAUUUUGCUUGCCUUCUCUCCCCCGCUAUUUGUAAGGCCUCGUUGGAUAGCCACUUUGCUUUCUUGCAUUUCCUUUUCAUUGGGAUGGUUUCCGUUGCUGCCUCCUGUAUAAUGUUGCGAGCCUCCAUCCAUAGUUCUUCAGUUCUUAAAUCCUUAAACCUGACCCUCAUUUCCACUGUGUAUUCAUAAGGGAUUUGACUUAGACUGUAUCUUACCGGCCCAGUGGUUUUUCCUACUUUCUUCAGUUUAAGCUUGAAUUUUGCUAUAAGAAGCUGAUGAUCUGAGCCACAGUCAGCUCCAGGUCAUGGAUCACGUUUGGUCAAAACUCUCCACUAUGACCUGUUCAUCUUGGGUGCCCUGCAUGGCAUAGUUCAUAGCUUCUCUGAGUUAUUCAGGCUCCUUCGCCACGGCAAGGCAAUGAUCCAUGAAAGGGAUAUAUAUAUAUAUAUAUAUAUAUAUAUAUAUAUAUAUAUAUAAACUUAUAGUGGUUUUAUACUAAUUUAGUUGCCGAAGCAUCUCCCAAAGAACCAUGGGAUUUGUAGUAGCUUGCUGAGCAUGUUAAGAAUGAUCAGUUAAUGAUGCCUAGUCCCUUUCACAGAACUACAGGUCCUGUCAUUUCCUGGGGACGGAAUUAAAUGACCAUGUCUGUAGUUUACAUAUGCUCCACCCACCUGUCCCAACCUAUAAGAUUAGUUGGACCUAAACUAACAGAAAAUAUCAUAUAGCUGUUUCUGAUCCCAAAGCUGGCAUAUGAAAGAUAGUACUUGACUAUUAGCCAAAUCCAUAUAUUGCUGCUGUUGUGGCAAAACUUUCUAUAUUUGCAUUCCCUCUCCUUUACCAUCUCCAUCAAUGCAACACAGCUAGAAUCAGUCAUACAACCCCAAAUCAUCCCAUUUUACAGACCAGACUGUAUGACCACAUAUGAAAGGUCACUUCUUGAACUUAGUUGGAGAAAAGGCUAUACUAGAAAACCUGAUUUUAUAGGAUUCAGAACCUGCCACCUGAAACAGCUGUGUCUCUCUACCUCAUCUCGAGACAGUCAUGUGUAAAUACUGCUGCAAUGGAGUAUAAUAUGCUUUUGAGGACACCCUAUCCUCCUAAAUACAUGAUUCCAUGCAGGCAAUGAGACUUGCACUCCAAUCUUAAACGUAUUCACCUUGAAAUGGCAGGUUGUAUUAACUUCCAUUCAAAACCCAUUUUCCUUAACUGUAUGUAUUGUGGAUCAAGUACAAUCCUACACUGUAGACUUCUGUGGCUGGUAGCAUACAAGGGCUAGUCCAACAUGAUUGACUGAUGCAUGUCUUAAGACUUGCAUUCUGAGAUACUAUCCUGAUCAAAUUUGCAGAUGACACCAAACUGGGAGGGGUGGCUAACACCCCAGAGGACAGGAUCACACUUCAAAACGACCUUGACAGAUUAGAGAACUGGGCCAAAACAAACAAGAUGAAUUUUAACAGGGAGAAAUGUAAAGUAUUGCACUUGGGCAAAAAAAUGAGAGGCACAAAUACAAGAUGGGGGACACCUGGCUUGAGAGCAGUACAUGUGAAAAGGAUCUAGGAGUCUUGGUUGACCACAAACUUGACAUGAGCCAACAGUGUGACGCGGCAGCUAAAAAGCCAAUGCAAUUCUGGGCUGCAUCAAUAGGAGUAUAGCAUCUAGAUCAAGGGAAGUAAUAGUGCCACUGUAUUCUGCUCUGGUCAGAUCUCACCUGGAGUACUGUGUCCAGUUCUGGGCACCACAGUUCAAGAAGGACACUGACAAACUGGAACGUGUCCAGAGGAGGGCAACCAAAAUGGUCAAAGGCCUGGAAACGAUGCCUUAUGAGGAACGGCUAAGGGAGCUGGGCAUGUUUAGCCUGGAGAAGAGGAGGUUAAGAGGUGAUAUGAUAGCCAUGUUCAAAUAUAGAAAAGGAUGUCACAUAGAGGAGGGAGAAAGGUUGUUUUCUGCUGCUCCAGAGAAGCGGACACGGAGCAAUGGAUCCAAACUACAAGAAAGAAGAUUCCACCUAAACAUUAGGAAGAACUUCCUGACAGUAAGAGCUGUUUGACAGUGGAAUUUGCUGCCAAGGAGUGUGGUGGAGUCUGCUUCUUUGGAGGUCUUUAAGCAGAGGCUUGACAACCAUAUGUCAGGAGUGCUCUGAUGGUGUUUCCUGCUUGGCAGGGGGUUGGGCUCGAUGGCCCUUGUGGUCUCUUCCAACUCUAUGAUUCUAUGAAAACUUAGAUAAAUGUCUGUCUUUGCUGCUGAGCUACAGAAUCAACACUGAAUUCUAAGAAAUUACAAAAGAUCCACUUUUCUUGGCUACUUCAGGAGAACCUUUCUAAAAUGAAAGGGCUCAAUUCAGCUGCAUGCAAUGGUGCUCUCAUGGACUCAGGGAGCAUGGGGAAAACCACUCCUUGGUCAGAGGUCUUCUGGUGCUGCCAGCUUUUAUUAUCACGGCAACAGAACAUCUGCCUCAUCAUCUGAUAACAUGCCAAGAUGGUGACUGUCUUGCCUAAGCCAUAAAACACAGCCUUGCACAAACCACAGUCAACAAUGGAAGCAAGCACUACACUGUGGGAUGAAGUGGAAGUGCUGGGAGAGACUUCUCACUGUGAUAGCUGAGGAAGAAAGUAGACUUGCUUGCUGCUGCAGUGUUUUCUGGUGGUGCCCAACACUCCAGACUGUGCCUUCAUGUGAUUGCCAUCUGUGCCUUGCCAACUCAGUCCUGCUGCUCUGCGUGGGAAGCUGCUUGGAGCUCCGCCUGAAAAGCAGAGCUCCAGUAGAACUCUGAAAACUCUGUACAAGACUAAUAUUUCUCUCUCUCUCUCUCUCUCUCUCUCUCUCACACACACACACACACACACCCCUGCCAAAUAGUGUGGUAUUUUAUUGGAGCUUCUUAUGUUAUAUUAUGUUUGCUACUUUGCUUGAAAAAGCUACUGUGCUAUUUAUUCUAUUAAAGCCCAGUCUACUAGGAUCCUUCCCCGCCUAUUGAAAUCUCUCCAAUCUCUGUCCCACCCCACCCAGCCCCAGCUUAUGUUUGGAAUGAGUUUUUAAAUAUUGGUAAAGGGUGUGGAUUGGGAAGGAGCAUGCAAGGGAGUCAGUGAGGAACAGCACUCAAGGACUACCAAAGCAUAAAGAUCAGGAACUUUCUUUUGGAAUAAGUUAGCUAAUGUUCUGCUUUCCCCACAUUCUAAUAAUAUUCACACUCUGCAUGCAUAAACAAAGAUAGAGAAAUGGUGUGGAGCUAAAUUGGCAAUAACAACUGAAGAACACCUCUGGUGUCAGCUUUUGUCUGUCAAGAAAGACCAUGCUGGGAAGGAAAUGCUUUCCUUGUCAAAGCAAAAGGCAUCUGAGAAUUGAGUGGCUGGGAUCCAUAGCUCAGUGUUUAGCAUGAGGAAGGGCCCUGGUCCAAUCCUUGGCAUCUUCAGGUAGGGCUAGGAAAAGACCCCUGCCUGAAACCUCCAAGUAUUGCUGCCUGUCAGUAGUGAGCUAGAUGGAUUAUGGUCUUACUCACUAUAAGGCAGUUUCCUGUGUUGCUAUGCUGAUUGCUUCCGGAACUCAGACAGAGGGGGGAAAUGUGUUGCCAUCAGUCUUCACCGCCCGUGCUUCAGCUCUGCAAGCUGGUCAUUUUGGUCCAAGGUCCUCUACAAUAAACAACUCCUGUGUAUUGCAGAUUGGGAUUGCAGGUAGCACUCACCUCUGGAAAGGUUGAAGACCACCGCUGUUCUUCAGCACAUCUACACAGAGCUCCAGUUGGAGCUUAGCUGUGAUCUUUCCAUUAGACACAACCCUGGUAAGUCACAUGACAACUAUACUUCGCUUGCAAGGGGUAUAGGAAGAUGCCUUACAGUGUACCAGACCAGGGGCAGGCAUGCCCUGUUUUACAGCUUGAGGUGAAAUGGGAAGCGCCACCUUGCCUUGCCGCUGCUCCGACCACCACCUACCUGCUCCUGCCACUGCCACACGCCUUGCCACAUCUGCUAAUGGCAGAAAAGCAGCAGUCACAGGAGCAGGCAGGGGGUUGGUGGGAAAGGAGAGAGAGAACCGGUACAGUCCGCACAGCAGCAUGUACAACAUGCCAAAAUGAUUAGCCAGUGAUAUGAGACUCGGGAGCAGAUCUGACCCUAUUUUGGUAGUACUUAAAGAUCUCAGACUCAUCCCACAAAGAAGCAGAGGAACCACUUGCCCCAUGGCUUCCUCCCAAGCUGCUUGGCUAAUACCCAUAUGUUGGCAGUGUUCGGGUUUCUUUCCUGGCCCAGCAGCUAAGGAGGAAGGCGUCAUCAUGGGAUGAAAUCAUUCAGAGGUAUGGGCAUAUGUGUAGGCGUCUUCACCUAUUACACUAUCUGUACACAUGUACAAGUGUCCGAGUGAAAGUGUGUACAUUUAUUGCUUUGCAUAGCUCAACUAUUUAUGUACACAGGUACAUAGACUAGUUGAAUGUAACAGGAGAAUAACUCUUAUGCCAUCCCGCCACUGCCCCCCAGCCACCACUGACUUACGAAGAUGAAUUCUUAAAGGAGUCUAUUAAUGAAAUGAAAUCAUUCAUUAUUAACACCUGCCACAAACUACAUACAAUACGCUUUAAUCUGUAAGGUCCAUUUAUAAUCAUUAUAUGCACAAUAUAUAUAUUAACUAAUAUUGGAAGACUUGCAAAAUGUAUACAUAGCAGCUUUUUGUUUUUUACUGUGGUGCUUUUCACGCCUAUGGAUGCAUUAAACGCUUCAGAUAGUUAUUUUUAAAGCCA